GUAAAUGGUGAAGGAUAUUGAGCAACUUUUCUUUCACCUACUAUAUACAUUACGCCAGGGGUUAGAUGUUAAAAAGUAACCAAAUGAAGCUCCCACUUUUCAACAAUAGUUCCCAACAAAUGGAGCUCCAAAAACACCCCAAAAAAUCUAAUUCUACACUAGCUGAGCUUCUAAUGCGUGUAGAUGAUGCCCAUAGUGAUGUUUCCGGCAACAAUACUCCGACAGAUAACCGAGUCGUCGAUGUCGGUUUGGGUUCUACUUCACUACCAUUGUCCAACCCUUUCGUUCUUUCUUUCACUAACUUGAGUUACAGUGUUAAAGUUCGAAAGAAAUGGGGGAAGAAGGUUGAAAACAGUAAGGUCUUGUUGAAUAAUAUCUCGGGGGAAGCUCGCGAAGGUGAAAUAAUGGCGGUUCUUGGUGCAAGUGGGUCGGGUAAAUCCACAUUGAUUGAUGCACUUGCGAACCGGAUUUCGAAAGAGAGUUUAAAGGGUUCUAUAACUUUGAAUGGCGAGACAUUGGAAUCGAAGCUUUUAAGGGUGAUUUCAGCUUAUGUUAUGCAAGAUGAUCCUUUUCCGAUGCUUACCGUCGAGGAAACACUUAUGUUCUCGGCGGAGUUCCGGUUACCUCGAUCACUUUCGAAGAAGAAGAAGAAAGCUAGAGUCCAGGCAUUGAUUGAUCAACUCGGGUUAAGAAAAGCGGCCCAAACGGUGAUUGGUGAUGAAGGGCAUAGAGGGGUCUCCGGCGGUGAACGACGACGGGUUUCGAUCGGGACCGACAUAAUCCAUGACCCCAUUGUCUUGUUUCUCGAUGAACCAACUUCGGGUUUGGAUUCAACCAGUGCUUUCAUGGUGGUUAAGGUAUUACAACGAAUAGCUCAAAGUGGUAGCAUUGUGAUAAUGUCGAUUCAUCAACCGAGUUAUCGAAUAAUGAACUUACUGGAUCGUCUGAUUUUCCUUUCACGUGGAAACACAGUUUACAAUGGUUCACCAUCGAGUUUACCUCGUUUCUUCGCUGAGUUCGGUCAUCCGAUUCCUGAAAACGAGAACAAGACUGAGUUCGCUCUUGAUUUGAUUCGAGAACUCGAAGAAAACAGCCAUGGUGGAACGAAAGCUUUAGUUGAAUUCAACAAACAAUGGCAAGCUAGAAGAAAACCCAGAACUAUAAUCACGAGAAAACCAAAUUUUUCUCUCAAAGAAGCCAUUAUUGCAAGCAUUUCAAGAGGAAAAUUAGUUUCUGGUGCAACGAAUGAAUCCAGUUUACCAGAUUUUGCAAACCCAUUUUGGAUUGAAAUCAUAGUGAUUGCCAAAAGAUCGAUUACAAAUUCAAAGAGAAUGCCAGAAUUGUUUGCAAUUCGAUUAGGUGCUGUUCUUAUAACUGGGUUUAUAUUAGCCACCAUGUUUUGGCAACUCGAUGAUUCACCAAAAGGGAUUCAAGAACGAUUGGGGUUCUUCGCUUUCGCCAUGUCGACUACAUUCUACACUUGUGCUGAAGCAAUCCCAGUUUUUCUUCAAGAAAAAUACAUUUUCAUGAGAGAAACAGCUUACAAUGCUUAUCGUCGAUCAUCAUACGUUUUAGCUCAAUCCUUAAUUUCAAUCCCAUCUCUAAUAAUCCUCUCAAUCACUUUCGCCGGAACAACUUUCUUCUCCGUUGGACUCGCCGGUGGUUCCGCCGGAUUUUUCUUCUUUUUCUUAACAAUCCUCGCUUCAUUCUGGGCAGGUAGUUCAUUCGUCACCUUCCUUUCCGGUAUAGUCCCUCACGUGAUGUUGGGUUUCACCAUCGUCGUCGCCAUUUUAGCUUAUUUCCUCCUCUUCAGUGGCUUCUUCAUAUCAAAGAAUCGAAUCCCUUUAUACUGGCUAUGGUUCCAUUACAUCUCGUUGGUGAAAUACCCAUACGAAGGUGUUUUGAGGAAUGAAUUUGAUGACCCAAACAAUUGUUUCGUACGGGGAGUUCAAAUGUUCGACGGUUCGCCGCUGGGGACGGCGUCGGAGGCGAUGAAGUUGAAGUUGUUGGAAAGCAUGAGUGGCGUUUUGGGUGUGAAUAUUAGUGGCUCGACUUGCGUGACCACGGGUAAAGAUUUGUUGGUGCAACAGGGGAUUAGUGAUAUAAGUAAAUGGGAUUGUUUGUGGAUUAUUGUUGGGUGGGGAAUUUUUUUUAGGGUUUUGUUUUAUUUCACCUUGUUAUUGGGGAGUAAGAACAAGAGAAGGUAAAUAAUAUAUUGGUGAAGAAGAAGAAGAAGAUGAUGAUUGUAGUAAUUAAAAGAUAUACCAAAUAGAAUUAUAGUAAUUAUAAAA